AUGCGCUUUUCUUCUCUUCUUGCCGCUGCUGUUGCAGUCGUUCCUGCUUUUGCUGCUCCAUCCCCAGCUUCACCCACUGCUGGCGCUUCUAAUGCCAACCAGGUUGUCACUGCCCUCGGCGCCAUUCAAUCUCAACUUGUCAGCCUUCAGUCUAAUGUUGACAACUUUGAUGGUGGACUGUUUGAUAUUGUUCCUCUCUUGAACAUUCAAAAUGGUGCUACUACUUUGGGCAACAAAAUUAAUUCUGCUACGUCCCUCAUUAAGAAGCAACCUACUGCCUAUAGCCAAUCUGAUACUUUGACUAUCUCCACUGCUUUAUUGGGCUUUGUCCCUAACAUUAACACCACCUUGGUUGCCAUCAUUGACAAGAAGAGCGUCUUUGACCACUCCAUUCUCGAUCUGGUCAGCGUCAGUUGGCUUGUCUAUAAUGACAUUACCACCCUUCACACCGAUACUACUAACCUGGCUAAUGCUUUGCAGGCUAAGUUUGAUCCUGUUCUUGUUUCUGCUGUCACCCAGAUUGUAAACGAAAUUAACGGCUGGUUUUCUCAAGCUGAGAGCGUUUAUGCUGGUUCUGGUUUGAUUGACUUGAAGAAGCGUGAGGAGCUGUCGGCGUGA